AUGAUUGACCAAGCUUGGUUAGCCCUCGAGAAUAACAAGCAAUAUGAUGUGGAGAGCCGCAUCGUGAACAAUGGCCGUCUUUGGUGGGACGAAGAGGACCCUCAGGAUAUCACUGAGAAGCAGAAGCGCAUGCGAGAGGCGAAGGCAGAGAUCGCCUCGAACAAGAAGGCACGCUUGGCAGAGAGUGCAGGCGACAAGGGUGAGGGAUCGUCAAAGAAGAAGAUUGCGAAGAAGAUCAAGACCAUGAAGGAGAAAGAGAAAGAGGUAGUUGCCGAGGAUGAUGAUUCUGAUGAUUUGUACUUCGGGUAG